AUGAGUAAGUCGGAUAUGAACGAUUUGCCCCAGGAGGUGGUUCUUGAGAAUGCAUGCUUAUUUCAACCAGGUGCAGAUGCCACCGCCCAGACUGAUGCUCGCCCAUCUCUCAUGGGUAGUAUCUUGGAGGUCAAGCCAUCGAAGCGCAAAUCGCCCAUGGUUGAGGGAGCAUACUACUCUGAGGCUAUCGCUCUUCUACGAAGCCUCCCGAAGGCUACCCACCUUGUUUGGUCCGACUUGGAGUUUGACCUAAUAGAAUCCACUACAUCUCGGAGAUCAAAGUCAGCCUUGUACCAGAAGCUUGAGAAAGCGUGUGCGGAAGAGGAUAUGGACUGGAAAGAAUUCGAUUUCAUCAAGACAGCCUGUCAGCAUAGGCCAAAGAUGAUAGAAGUUGGGGAUGCUGCGGUCCUUCUAUAUAAGCUAAUGGGUGUUCGUGGAAGAGAUCAGCCGUUCCAAACGACAGAAUACCUCUACAGUGAAGGCCUUACUAAGGAUGAAGAAUCUGCCGGAUCAAUAUUUCUGUUUCUAGGCUUGCUCAAGUUUGUCCAGGGGUUCAUGUGCGAAGAUCCGUCUUUCUGGUAUACUAAGCUGCGAAGCAAGUGCCGGCAGAUGGAAAACCUCCUGGAGAAGAACAGAGGAGCCCCCAAGAUGCGGCGGUUUAUGGAACUUUGGGACAAGACUGCUGGUAACGGGAAUGAGGACGACUGUGAUGAAAUUGGUGACAAGGCUGAAUCGUCAAGCCAAAAAAGGUGCCGCAUCAAGACUGAGGGAUCGAAAUAG